UCCUGUCUUCGUCCAAGCUCUCCAGCCGCUUCCUCCUUCCUCCUCAGGGCUCUGCCUUUGUUGCCGCCGACGCUUUCCUCCCGCUGCUAUAUAACUCCGUGCUCUUCCUCUCCUCCAGCAGCCCCUCAUGGCCACGGCUACCAUCGACUUGAUGGCCAUGGACCUGUCCCUGGAGACCACCGCAGAGCAAAUGACCUUCCUGACCGGCGGCGACGACACCCCCUCGCUGCAUUCGGAGACUCCCCCCGACUCGCCCGAGCUCCAGGUCGGCCCGGUGCUGCCGCUGUCGCCUCCGGCGUCGUUCGAGGAGGUCUUGAGCCAGAACCGCGAGUGGCAAUCGCAGCCCCCGUAUCCAACUCCACCCCAGUCCUUCAUUGCCCCCAAGCCGUCACCGCCUGUCAAACGGCCUGGCUUCCCGCUCCGACACGAUGGCAAGCUGGACCUGGCAGCGCUGCCGUCGGCCAUCAUCGAGGCCAUCGUUGCCCAGCUGCCGUCGCUCGUCGACAAGAAGAACUGUCUGCUGGUGUGCAGGACAUGGUCCAAGGGGGCCUCCAAGGCCAUCUACCGCCGACCCCAUCUCCCCACGAUCCGCCACUUCCAGGAUCUUGUCUACACUCUCCUGCGCCCAAACCUGAGUCACCCGUACUCGCGGUGGGUCGAGGAGUUUGUCAUCCGCAAGGAGCUUGACGAGGACUUGUUCAUGGGCGACAUCGACGUGGCCCUGCAGCUCUUCUAUAACCUCCAGGCUUUUCACAUGGAAUAUUCGAUCUCGGCCUCCAACGUCCUCGUCCAGUCCCUCGCCGACCACAACCGCAAUCUCCGCUGCAUCAACUUGCGCGGCUGUCCCGUAUCCGAUUCGUAUAUCCUGGAGCUGUGCCAGAGCUGCCCCAAGCUUCGAACCAUCAACCUGGCCGACACUAACUGCACUGCCUUUGUCCUCAAGCACAUCAUCGACCACUGCGCCUGGAUCCAGUCGAUUGACCUCGAAAACUGCCACAAGACCAGCAUGCCGCUGGAGUUUGAUCCGCGAGAGUCGUUCACCCGGCCGCUGCAGCACCUGAAUGCCACGAACAGCGGCAUUUCAGACCAUGUCUUGCGUUUUGUGGCUCUGCGAUGCCCCGACAUUGUCUCGGCAAACCUGGAGGGCUGUCUGGGUCUCUCGGAUGACUCGUUGAUUCGACUGAUUCAGACAAGCUGUGGACUCAAGUACCUGAAUGUUGCCUUUGUCAACCAGCUCACCGAUCUCACUGCCAUUGCCAUCGGCUUCCAUUCGUUCGACAUCCAAGUCGUUAUGUUCUCUGGCUGCGAUCUGAUCUCGCCCGUGGGUGUCCAGAUGCUUGUCCAGCGUUGCGCCAAUCUGAAGGAGCUGAUUCUUCACGGCUGCGCUGGCAUCCUCAACACCUAUAUCCGAGAAUACAGCUCCCGCCUCCACGACAUCGACUGCAGCAUCCGCGGUCCUUCGAUCAAGUGGCUCGCAGGACACAACACCCUCAAAGCCAAGGAUGCUCCCGUCAAGGAAAUGAAGUCGGAGAUGGUCCAGACCGAGUUUGUGGACACCUCGGCCCUGGUGCCGAAGGAGCAAUUUGAUGCCUCUGAGAUUCUGCUCAAGUUUGCAGAGGCUGCGGCCAGCGGCAAAUGGGUUCCGCAGAGCCGCCUUGGCGCUGCGGGAGCCAAGUCAAUUGGCACUGCCGGCGACAAGGCUGCUCCCACCGAGAGCGGUGCCUGGGGAAGCGGUCCCCCUCCUCCAGGAUGGAACCCCGCCUGGGCCAGCUAUGGCAACCCUGCUCCUGGUGAGCGCCGGCUUGAGCGCGAGUCCAACGAGUCUCUGGCAUCGUCCGUCAGCUCGACGGCAUCCCGAUUCCGCUCCAAGAUCCCGGGUCUCUCACGCAUCCCUACUCCGCCGGCCUCGCCAGAUCGACGCUCCGUCGCCAGCAGCGUUGGAAGCACCCCCAGUACCAGCGCACCAAGCGUCACGUCAUCGACUGUGUCGCGGCUGCCCACCAGCAUGGGCGGCUCCAAGCUCAAGACUCCAACGCGCCUGCCCCUCUCCAAGACGACGCCUACUGCUCGUGCCCCCCUCUCCUUGAUUCAGCAAAAGAAAUUCGGCAGCUCUCCGGCCUCAAGCGGCCUCGCAACUCCAUCCAAAACGAGCACCGGAUCUUCGACGCCAAGGACGCUGUCCAAGAGAACCAGCAGCGGCCCUGCGCCUACGCCUUCCAAAACCUCGACCCCUGCGACGCCGAGCUCGGCCUACAAACCCCGCCAGUUCAAAAAGUUCAAUGACGACGAAUUCGCCUCUCCUCCACGCUCGGUCGCUCGUCUGAAUGACUCCAAGCCCAGCACGGGCUCAUUGAGCCGCACGCGCAGCACCAGCAGUGGAUCCAAGUCGACCAGCCUUGCUGGCGCCUCUUCGUUCUCGUCAUCGGCGUCGCCAUCAUCAUCGCUGAGCACCCGCUCGCGAAGCAGCAACAACGACGCUGCUGAAUCUACCUCCAAUACCCCUGGACUCAAGAGAGUCAAGAGCGGAACACUCAGAUCCGUCUCGACCUCAGUCUCGUCUUCGCGGACCUCCAGCACUUCGUCCACCCCUGUCACCCCACAGUCGCCGUCCACUCCCUCCAAAGCCGCUACCAGCAAUCUCCCUGCCGUCACUCCAAAGUCGCGUAUGACGGGCCUGAAGCUUCCGACCCCGGUCAAGAAAAUCUCGACCGUCAUAUAGCCGCACGCUGCAGCCCAUGGGCUGAGCCCUGUUCAGUGUCGUGCCUUGCCUUUACUCAUGCGUCUACUCAUGCGUCUACUCAGUCAGCACUAUCGCCCAGCGAGCUAGCUUGCAACGCUUAAUUUUGCUUUCCUGUUUGUUCCCUGAUCACCGCCUUACUACUACAUCUCACAAACGAGUCCUUCCAC